AUGAUGCAGAAGUUAAAACAUGAGAAAGCAAGAAAGCUGAGAAGAAAGUUCUUUGAGCAAAAUCGUGGACAGCUAUUGCAACAAUUGGUAUCUCAGAGAGCUGAUAUUGCAGAAAGAAUGAUCAUAAGUUUAGAGGAGUUAGAAAAGGCAACAAACAAUUUUGAUAAAUCUCGUGAACUUGGAGGUGGAGGGCAUGGCAUCGUCUACAAGGGAAUUUUAUCAGAUCUACAUGUUGUAGCUAUCAAGAAACCAAAGAUGGUGGUUCAAAAAGAGAUAGAUGAGUUCAUUAAUGAGGUCGCUAUCUUGUCCCAAGUCAACCAUAGAAAUGUGGUAAAACUCUACGGUUGUUGUCUUGAAACAGAAGUCCCAAUGUUAGUUUAUGAGUUUGUAUCCAAUGGGACCCUUUAUGACCAUCUUCAUGGUGCGUCACUUUCAUGGAACAACAGGCUGCGCAUAGCAAUUGAAACAUCCAAAUCGCUUGCGUAUCUUCACUCGGCUGUUUCAAUACCUAUCAUCCAUAGAGAUAUCAAGUCUGUUAACAUACUUUUGGAUGAUACUCUCACAUCAAAGGUAGCAGAUUUUGGAGCUUCAAGGUACAUUCCCAUGGAGAAAUCGGGGGUAACAACAAUGGUGCAAGGUACAGUAGGAUAUUUGGAUCCUAUGUACUUCUACACAUCACGGCUCACGGAGAAGAGUGAUGUUUAUAGCUUCGGUGUCAUUCUUGUAGAACUAUUGACUCGAAAGAAGCCUUUUUCAUACAUGUCGUCGGAAGGUGAUAGCCUUGUUGCAUGUUUUGUUACCCUGUUUGCGGAAGGUCGUUUGUUGCACAUAUUAGACCCACGUGUUAUUGAAGAAGGAGGCCCAGAAGUAGAAAAGGUCGCUAUGCUUGCGGUAGCAUGUGUACAACUAAAAGGAGAGGAUCGUCCAACCAUGCGGCAAGUGGAAAUGACACUAGAAGGCCUUCAAACAUCGAAGGAGCAUGUUCCAGAUGGGGAGAACAAUGAAAUUGCAAUAAGUUCUCCCUCAACCAACAUUGAUGAAAUAAACAUGGAUGAUUCAACUUGA